AUGUCCACGGUGCUGCAACAACCGCCGUCCGGAGGAGCACCACAAUCGUCGCUGCUGCCGCACUUGCACCCUCACGGCCACCACGGCCAUCAUUUGCACCAUAGGCCGACCGCUGAACUACAGGCUGCAGCCCACAACCCGGAUGUGCUGCUCGCACUGCUAGCCCGAAACAAGGCUCUGGAAGGUAAGUCUCGCUAUUGCGGUAUUCGGCUUCGAUAA